ACAAAAGUAUAAGGUUGAUCAUAGUACUCCUAGCUGCAUAAGUCUUUCCUACUUUCGUUCUCUCUCUUCAAAAUUUUCAGCUUGCUGAUCAAUUAAACGGGAUGCGUCAUACACAGAAAGUGCUAACAAGGCUGUGCCGUUCAUCCGCCGGAGGACUUAGACAGAAAUGCCGAUCCUUCAACCAACAAAACUUUAAGCCCAGCAUAACCGACGAGGCUAACAAGCGCCCCACGCACUUCCAGUCCAUGCGAGAAUUCUUUAUGCAUCCGCUAACCUGGGACCGCAAUAACGGCUAUUUCAAUGUGGUUCUGGCUUUGUCCAUCUUCGGAUUCUGCUUCUUCAACUCCUGCGCCCCGUGCGAACGCGAACAGAAGAGGGGUGGCCUUGAGGAGCGGACCACCCGCCCACAGUGAAAUCGGAGCGCUGUCCUCGAAUCUUUUCAAACUCACCCUGAUUGCAGACGCAGACUAGACCGGAAUUGGUCGAACGGCACUGGGCAUUCAUGUCGCACAAGGUCGGGUUGUUCAGGCAGUUCUGCUCCUCGAUGCACACGUAUCCAUCUCCCUUGAAACCAGCGAUGCACUGGCACUCGUAAUUGGCCGGAUCCCUAUAAAUAUAGGAGCAGAAAUGUAUUAUUA